UGCUGUGCUGCGGGCCUCGGUGCUGCUGUCAUUGACUGAAAGGCAGAAAGUGGUCCAGUGAAAACGGGACGGGGAGUCCUCCACAGCGGCAUGGACGGCUGCCCGCCAUAGUUGCUGCUGCUCGGGUUGUAGUUCACCCAUCUUGGACCGUUAGUCGGCGGAGAGUUUUAUUUUAUUUUUCCGCUUUUCAACCUGUGCGUGCGUGUUUUUCAUGUUGCAACCCGCAAUGGAUCGAGUGAAAAGCUCCAUGCAGCAAGUCCCUAACGCUAUCCCCAAAGUGAUCCGACGGACCGGAGGGGCCAACAGCCUGGAGCUGGAGAGAGAAAACUUUGAGAGAGGGCAGGCUGUCAGCAUCAACAAGGCCAUCAACACACAGGAGGUUGCUGUCAAAGAGAAGCAUGCUAGGACCUGCAUCUUGGGGACCCAUCAUGAGAAGGGCGCCCACACUUUCUGGGCUGCCGUCAACCGGCUUCCUCUCUCCAGCAACGCGGUGCUCUGCUGGAAGUUCUGCCACGUCUUCCACAAGCUGCUGCGGGACGGACACCCCAACGUGAUAAAGGACUCCAUGAGGAACAAGGCAGAUCUGGCUGAUAUGAGCAGGAUGUGGGGCCAUCUGAGUGAAGGAUAUGGAAAGCUGUGCAGCAUCUACCUCAAACUGCUCAUCACCAAAAUGGAGUUCCACAUUAAAAACCCUCGUUUCCCCGGCAACCUGCAGAUGUCGAACAGGCAGCUCGAUGAGGCGGGAGAGAAUGACGUCAACAAUUUCUUCCAGCUCACAGUGGAGAUGUUCGACUACCUGGAGUGUGAGCUCAACCUCUUCCUUGGUGUGUUCAACUCUCUGGACAUGUCUCGGUCUAUAUCGGUGACGGCGGCCGGUCAGUGUCGUUUGGCUCCCCUCAUCCAAGUCAUCCUGGACUGCAGCCACCUGUACGACUACACCGUCAAGCUGCUGUUCAAGCUGCACUCCUGCCUUCCAGCCGACACUCUCCAGGGCCACAGAGAUCGGUUCCAGGAGCAGUUUAAGAAGCUAAAGAGUCUCUUCUAUCGCUCCAGUAACCUGCAGUAUUUUAAGAGGCUGAUUCAGAUCCCACAGUUGCCUGAGAAUCCUCCCAACUUCCUGCGUGCGUCGGCUCUGUCGGAGCACAUCAGCCCCGUGGUGGUGAUUCCCGCCGAGUCGUCGUCCCCCGAGUCGGAACACGUGGUGGAAACGGACGACCUGGUGGACACGGACGUCCCCUCCCUGCCGGCUCCCUCAGAGGUCAAGUUUGACGACCUGUUUGGCACCUCUGCUGCUAUCGAUCCGUUCAACUUCAACAGCCAGAACGGCAUGCGCAAAGAUGACAAAGACCGUCUGAUCGAGCAGCUGACGAGGGAGAUCCAGGCUCUCAAGGAGGAGCUGGAGUCUUUCAGACUGGAGAGUGGCCGGCUGUGUCAGGCUCUGAGGGGGCGAGUCAACGAGCUGGAAGCGGAGCUCGCUGAACAGAGCCACCUGAGGCUGCAGGCCGCAGGAGAGAGCGAGUUCCUGAGGGUGGAGCUGGAUGACCUGCGGAGGGCCAGGGAGGACACGGAGAAGGAGCAGCGGAGCCUGACGGAGAUCGAGAAAAAAGCUCAGGCCAACGAGCAGCGUUACACCAAGCUGAAGGAGAAAUACACAGAACUGGUUCAGAGUCACGCAGACCUGCUGAGGAAGAACGCAGAGGUGACCCGGCAGGUGACCGUUGCUCGGGCAGCUCACGAUGAGGUGGAGGCAGUCAGGAGGGAGAUGCAGGAGAAGGUGAAGAGUGCACAGGAGGCUGCGGACAAACAGGAGAGGGAUCAGGUCAAACAACUUCAGGAGCUACAGAGAGAGCUGGUUUCCACCCAGGCAGAACUGGACUCCCUGAAGACCACCAUGGUCUCGUCUCAGCAGUCGAGCGAAGUGCUCAGCACACAGCUGGUCGCCCUGGAGUCUGAGAAAGCAGAGCUGGUGCAGAUGUUGUCAAAGGUGGAAGCGGAGCUCGCGGUUCAGGGGGAGGAGCUCCAGCGAGUCCAAAGCUCUCUCGCCACUGAAAGGGAAAGCGGAGUAAAGAUGGCCGAGGCCCUCCAGAAUCAGCUCAAUGAGAAGGAGAGCAGGGAGCAGGUGUUGGAGAGCCAGCUGGUGGCUGCUCGCUGGUCCAGCCUGCAGGGAGCGGUGGAGGAGGCAGAAAAGAUCAUUCAGGAAUCAUUAGCUCAGAUAGAUGACCCAGCACACAUGAGCUGCACCAGCUCUGCAGAUUAUCUUGCAUCUAGAUGCCAAGCCUCUUUGGACUCUAUGGACCGGCUAAAGAGCGCUAGAGAGACCUUCUUGGCUGACAACACAGCUGUGUUGGAGCUGGUGCGAGUGGUGACCCAGUGUGGCCACCUGGUGGGCGACACCAUCGUUCAGGGCAGCGCCACCUCCCACAUGGUGCCUGUGGAGCAAGCCGACGCGCUGUCAAAGAGCGUGAAGGCAUGCGGAUCGGAAGCUCUGGCUCUGCUGGGACAGAUGAAGCAGCGGGACAGCCUGGCUACAGCCAACGACAACAAGCUGAGAGCGGCUCUGGAGACCAUUCUGACCACCGCGGAGAAACUGCGCCCGCGGGGUUUGGAGCUGCAGCAAGGGGAGCUGGGGGAUCUGGUGGAGCAGGAAAUGGCUGCCACUUCCGCCGCUGUAGAGUCCGCAGCUGCCAGGAUAGAGGAAAUGCUGAACAAGUCCCGAGCAGUUGAUACAGGAGUCAAGAUGGAGGUCAACGAGAGGAUCCUGGCCUCCUGCACGGAGCUGAUGCAGGCAAUCAAGGAGCUCAUUCUGUCUUCGAAAGAUCUGCAGAGGGAUAUCGUGGAAAGCGGAAGGGGGGCAGCCUCCAUGAAGGAAUUUUAUGCCAAGAACUCCCGCUGGACCGAGGGCCUGAUCUCUGCCUCGAAAGCAGUUGGAUGGGGCGCCACGGUCAUGGUGGAUGCUGCCGACAUGGUGGUGCAGGGAAAAGGGAAGUUUGAGGAGCUGAUGGUGUGCUCACGUGAAAUAGCGGCUAGCACGGCACAGCUGGUGGCUGCUUCGAAGGUAAAAGCAGAUAAGGACAGCGCUAACCUGCACCGUCUGCAGCAGGCGUCCCGCGGCGUCACCCAGGCAACCGCCACUGUUGUGGCCUCCACCAAGUCUGGGAAAUCCCAGAUUGAAGAUACAGAAACGAUGGACUUCUCCAGCAUGACUCUGACCCAGAUCAAGCGACAAGAGAUGGAUGCACAGGUUACGGUUCUGGAGCUGGAGACCCGUCUUCAGAAGGAACGGGAGCGUCUUGGCGAGCUGAGGAAGAAGCAUUACGAGCUGGCCGGUGUAGCAGAGGGCUGGGGCGAGGAAGAGGAAGGCACGGGAUGAAAGCCUCCUCCACCCAUAGACCUGCUUUUCUCUGCCUCCUUUUAUUUAUAGAAACCCGUUUCUGUCUUUUUCGCCCUUUUCUCACAUUUAUCUACUUGUUAUAUCCAAGCCAAAUGAAAAGGUGCUUCUUUUUUCGAAUCCCCUCGCUUCUCUGUACAUGCCGGCACAUUUUCCACGUCAAGCCCUACAGCAGAGGUCGUGCAGCAGCAAGUGGGGUCAGGAUGGAUGAGCGCCUCACAUCUCCGCUGCUCCAUCCUGCAUCUGGACCACUACUGAGAGAAGCUGCUGCAGCAGCAAUGUGUUUUUCCUGUCCUUGUUUUAAUGACCGCGCCCCAUCGAGGAUAUAAUACGAGCACAAGGGGCCCAAACUCUUUGCGAGUGGGACCGGAUCAGUGGUUACUCCUCUCCAAACUUGGCCUCUCCGUGUAACCCAGCUGCUGCACCUGUUCUUCUGUCCGUCGUUGUCUGAUUUGUCCUACAGCUAAUUCAGCUUAGGGAGCUGCAUCCACACAGUUCCUCUCUGGUUUCUUCCUAUUCUGCCCUCACUGUGAGUUAUCACCUUUUUAAGUCCGUACGGCUUCCACGGCGGAGGCCUGUUAUCCGGACUUUCUGCCUUUCACGUCCUCACCAUUGUAACGACCGUGACUGUUAACCGGAACAACCGUCAGCCCUCCACUUUAUUUCUUAUGUCCUUUUACUGUACCAGAUAAGAAAAAGUCAGCAUUAUGAGGGUCUGGUUGGUCUGUGUGAACUCCAUGCGCGUCAUGAGAGCUCAGAGGUAGUGGUUGCUGCACAAAACACUAACAACACACGAGCAUAUGUUCCUUUUUUCUUAUUUUUAUUUUUUCAAUUUAUUUAUAAAGCAGAGUGAUAAAAAGUUUGAUAUUUCACUGACAUCUAACGCUUUGGUUUAGAUCUGUCUUGAUAAGACGAAGCUUGUCUGCAGGAAUUUUCUGGUCAUUCUGCACAAGAAGCAAGCGUCUGAUUUAAAUUUUUUAUUACUGUCUCAGAAUUGAAGGCACCUCCACAGCACAAAAGCUCUUCACACAACCUUUUGGACGAUUCCAGUUGAUUCAUGGAUUCCUUGAGGCCAUGUACCCUUGUGCAUAAACUAUAAUCUAUCUUUUGUUGCAAAGAACUGUUGUUUUUUUUUUUUGUUGUUGCAUCUUUUCACGUAAAGAUUCGGUGCACCUGAACGCCACACGCCUCCUGCAGAGGCUUUUAUUCCCAUGCAUCUCCCUGCUCAGACGAAUGAAGGGACUCUGAGUUGGUUGCUGGUGAACUCUCCGAGAUGUGCGGGCUUUUUUUUUUUUUUUUUUUUGUGCGUCUUUCUCUUUUCUAGCCAACGCCUUUUUACCUUCUGCCUGCGUGUUCAUGGUGACGAUUCUGUCUUAACGCUCCUCCUCACUUGUGUUGUUGAUGCUGUUUUUUUUUUGUUCUCUUUAACGGACGCUGCUCGGUUAGAAUUAGCUCAUUUCUCCUCCAGGUAAUGAGGAAGCGACGAAGUAUUUGGAAGAAAUUUUUGUUCCCGUCUGCUGCUCUGACCAGAUUUAAGCAAGCAUCAUUCGCUGUACUGUUACUUCCAGGUUGUUGUAUGUAAUCACAAUUUUAGCUGAUUCACCUGGAAGAACUGAUAGCUGACUAUAAUUUAAAACCCUAUAGUCCAUAAAAGAGGCAGAAAUCUCCUUACAGUGGUAUCUUAAGUGUCUUGAAAGGCGAAGUGCACACAACUUGAGUGAUGUUUUGAUUUUCUCUCUUUAUUUCUUUGCUCAGAUGCUUUUUAUUAACCUGUUUUAUUUUAUUCCUUUGGUCCUAUUCUCUUCUGGGUUUGUGUCUGUAGUUCCACCAGCUCAGCCAGCCUUUUCAAACUGCCUCAUACUGUAGUCAGAGACAGAUACUCACAUAGCAACAUUGAAAUAUGUCUUUGUAUGAUAUUAUACUAAACCAAUGUUGGUGGGUGUGUUUUUAUUUUUCCAGUUUUUGAAAUAAAUACUUUGAUUCAUUAA